AUGCCUCCUCGGACUCGAGGCGGUACGGCCUCGGAGCCCAGCACGCCCCAGCCCAAUCCUCAAAGAUCGAGGCCGGCCUACGUACCCAUUCAGUCCGUCUUGAAGACUAUCGACCCGGAGGAUGACUGGCCUGAAUUUGACGCUACUAAUGCUGAGAUAUGGACUCUCGAUGGGACGGAAUGCGUUGAUCUCCUUGAAUCCAACCUUCGCGGACCGUUCCAAAUCGUUGGCACCUUGCAGGUGGAUAAAAACCAAUCUCAAUUCCUUUCUAAGGGAUCUUUGAGGAAGCCCCAAGAUUUUGAGUCGCCCAUUACGGCCUAUGCUAUUGAUGCCACCCCAGAUGCAGAGAUCUGGGUUGGUACGGCAUGUGGUUGGAUCAGAAUGCAUCCCUCACCGCAAUAUCUUCCUAUAUUUGCAAAAAUGACCGAGGCUGUCGAGAUCAUGUAUAGAUGUCUUGACAUUGAAGAGGAUAUGAAGGAUGCUAGGCGUAUCCUAAAAGUUGAUGGUCUUCCAUCCGAGUACGCGUUCCAAGAUGGAACGGGCCUGACAGAGGAAUCUACCGUUGGACUCUUUAACUUCCAUGCAAAAUUCAUCUUGGCACACAUGCAUAUCCUCCCAGAUAUGAGAAAGUCGAAACUUUUUAUGUGGUUGAAGCAAAGAUUUCCCGAUAUCCUUCGCUCCGUAGUUGAGCAGACGAAGUCCCACGUUAACCGACAAAAAUUGCAAACUAUGCAGCAGGUCCUAGCUAUACGACAACCACCACCCCCGCGUGAGCCAUCACCAUCACCAUCGUCACCACCUACUCCAGAGUCAGAAGCUUCGCCUGAAAGAACCAUCCUCUCAUCGCAUUCUCCUAAGCCGUCCAAAAUUACCAUCGCAAUGCGGCCCGGCACCGAAAAUGAACCUUUUAGAAUUCCUCCGACCCAGAUGAUGCUUGAACAUAUCUCGUCACAAGAUCCCGCCCGCUCCAACCUUACAGCGCCAGGUCUCUCUAACGCAAUGUAUCAAGAUUUCAGCAUCUGGUAUCCACGGCUCGCAGCUGCCAUCGUUCGCUUACAUGCGCCCGCAGUCCUAGAGCAACUCCCGAAGGCGUGGAAGAAAACAAGACUUGCUGAAUCGUUACAGGAGAUGGCCAAAUUAUUAACUCCUGCAAGGCGUGCCAAAGAAUUAGCAGCUGGUAAAACAAGAGUCCAGCGUCCCGCCCGCUCAUCUAUGAGCUGCAAUGCUAAGGCUAUCUCCGAUGAUGAGUGGCUACUCGAGGCCGCAGAAUAUCAAACUAUUCUCCGCAGAAAUAAGAAAUCCAAGGCAAAACCAACUGCCAGUAGCGGCAUGGAGGUCGGACGAGCUCCCACCGAUAGAAAUGAUAUGGAUAAUGGUAGCAAAUAUGGAGAGAGCGCGGCCGAAGUAGAGCAGAACGCAAGUUCAAGAGCCGAGAGCAAAGCUACGUUUCACGCCUUUAUGGAAAGCAUCACCUCACGAUCGCGCACGACAACCCCAGAUAUCUCCUACGUGAAAAAGUUACCGCUGAAAACACCCCAUUCCCAAAAGGCCCUCCCACCAACCUUGGAAGCCAAACCCAGCGGGAAAGUCACAAAACUCAAACCAAAAACUAUCAAACGGCGCAGUGACGAUUUGGACGACACCCCUCCCCACAAGCGGUCCCGACAACUAUAUUCCCCGACCCCAGACUCCGAUAUCGAAAUGCCACCCCCCUCAAUAUCCUCAACACCUGAACGGCCCUCUACAUCUGAGUCGGAAUCUGCCUCCGAAACCAAGGGAUCUGAAGAGAUCGAUCCAGACUCGCCCGUCUUCGUCCCCAAAGAACUCAACAUGGCACGCGGCCCACUCGGCAGUCUCCGCUGCACAAACCCGUCUUGCUUCUUCCUAGAGCGUCAGCCGAAUUCGAAAGAAGGACGAGAGCGCAUGCUGAACCACUUCAUCGACCAUGAGAAGGAGGAUCCGACUGUGGUGCUUGCGAGACGGGAGGCGGAGUUGAACCACAGGCCGGUUUCUUACCUCAUGCAGAAGUUGAUGGAGAGGGGAGAACAGGCCGAUACCAAAGGAAGCAUUAUCCCACUGCCGAUUGUUAGGAGCGGUGUUUGA